AUUAAAAGCGAAAGCCGGUGUUGUCAUAGAGCUGAAUUUGUGUCAGCUUCGUGCAGCCAGUAGUCUGCCUACCACUAGCUGAGCUGUAGUUCACGCACAUGCUGAUUAGAGAAAUAGCAUUAACAGCAGCCUAGGAGGAAUAUCUUCAAUAUCACUAUGCAAUGCAGCCUUCAAUAGCCUUGUUUGGGACGUGUUUCAAACUGUCACCCUGUUUCUGACCCUGACAGAUACCUCCAGGUCCUGGCCAGCAGCAGCUCAACUCCCAUUUGUCUUCCCAGACACUCAGUAAACACCUUUGUGUCCUUUUUCUUUAGAGGAAGGGGUCUCGCUGAGCUCACCCUGAAAUAUAUCACCCUGGACAAAAGGGCUGAAAGGUUAAGGAGCUCUAGGGGGUAGUUCAGCAGAGAGCUGGGGGCCCGGCACCUGCCAGAACCAAAGCUAUAAAGGCAAAGAGGGGUGAGGGACGGAUGCUGCAGGUCCUGCCUCACCUCCCACGAGCCCUGGGAUAAGAAGAUGCUGGGGCUCCAGUCGUGGCCUUGCUCGCUUUUCCUCCUCUUAGUUCUGCUCUCUGCCAGCGCUCGGACUGUGUCCUUACCAGGACAGAGGCUACAGAUGCUCCUUUCCCAGUUGCUGCCCCUGGACCCCAAGUCCACGCUGGCCGAAGAGGACACGAAGGAGGGGUCCAGCUUUGGCCCUCAGUUGCUCUCCUCCACCCUCUCCUUCCUCCCGGCGGGGGCUAGAGCUGCCCGUCCCUCUCUCUGGCGCAAGACCCUCACCAGUCGCAAGUGGGCACUGCCUGGGGAUUGGGCCUGGAAGGCCGUGCCCAGGGGCUGCUUUGGGCUGAAACUAGACCGGAUCGGGACCUUCAGUGGUUUGGGGUGUUAGCCUUGGCGGGCUCCGAGGUGAGAGGGCCCGCAGCGAGGGUUUGAACGAGUGGGCAGGGAAGAAUGGGAGACCUGUGAGCACGGAUGGUGGGAAGGAUCAGGACUGGGGGGAUGGGGGCCACCCCC